AUGAACAAAGAGAUGAAGAGAAUCAGCUGGGUUAGGAAGAACUGGCUGCUUGUGGCUGGAGCGGCAUUUGUUGGCAUCCAUGCCGGUACCUAUCUUCUACAACGGGCCGCCAAAAGUUCUGUGAAAUCAGACAUGGGAAUUAAACAAAAGGAUCUUGACAAAUGAAGCAUUAUCCGCCACAUCACAUUUCCACUCUCUUAGUAACUUGUUAAACAUCCAAUAAUGAGCACUCUGUCAGUGUGUUUGUCAUUGACUGCAAAAGAGCAUUGUGUGCACUUUUCAUCUUUAAUUCAUUAAAUGUGGUUUUUAGAAAUGGAAUACAACUAAUGC